GGCACUCGCGUUCCACACCUCGCCGCGUCCGCACGGCAUGGCCGCGCGCUAAACACGACAGUGCUGUGAAACGCGUCUCGAACGAAGCCACCAUGAGCCGGUGUGAAGGCGACAUGGCGUCGCCUAGGUUUAUUCUUUUGCUGAUCGCUGCUCUCAGCAUAAUGACUGGUUGUAAGGCAGGACCUCUAGGCCCUCUACCGAACGUAACCAGUCUGGACCUCGGUCUGAAAGAAGGUGGAUGCGCUUUGGGAGAUGUAGUUUACAUGCCUGGUGAUGAGUUCCCCGGGGAGAACGCAUGCGAACGCUGCACGUGUACCGGGGGAGGGGUACAGUGCGCCAAGCAGCGUUGCGAGCCGCGGCCUGGGUGCAAGGCGCUGCACCGUCCCGACCACUGCUGCCCUACCUACCAGUGCGAGGUGUGGCAGGAUCGCGCCAAAUGGAAGUCCGUAGUCUCUGCCUACCCCUCUGGGUGACAGGCAAUGUGAGCAAGAAGGCCGCGUGUACGGAAAUGGUGAAAAGCUGGUGGACCCGGCAGAUCCGUGCCGCGUGUGCUACUGCCAGGGUGGGGAGGUGGUGUGUCGGCGCAUCGCGUGCUUUGUGCGGGACGACUGCACUCCGCGUCACGUGCCCGGUCGAUGCUGCCCAGAAUACGACAACUGUCCACUCCGAGGUGUAACAACUAUUCCCGGUAUAGCGCCUGCGAUAUCAAACAUUCCCACGUUUGAAGAAAUUAACACCAGUGUUGUGCCAACUUCAUUAAAGGAACCAGUUAAACAAGAAAUCACUAUAAAGGAAAUCACUCCCGUCUCUGAGAUCCCAGUUAUCACUGAAGUGAAAAUCAAGGAAAUAAUACCUUCACCUAGUAUUGAAGUUGCCGAAUAUUCUUCCUCCAAGUCUCCACUAAUCCCACGAGAGGUCACGUCUGAGAAGAUUCAAAGUAGUAAAUCUGAUACAAAACUAGAAUCAACGGAAAUGGGCAAUGAUCAGUCUUCGUUAUCUUCUGAUUCUUUACUUUCCACUGAAACAUCUAAAAUAACCAGCGAAGACAUUGUAUUAAACAACACAAACGAUCCUCCAUCCAAAAUAAGCCUUCCAACUCAGGACUCUAUAAAUAGUAAUAUUUAUACCUCUAAUAUACCCAGUUCUGCAGCUACAAUAGGAUCGCCAUCAUUAACUCUAAAUGUUGUAUCAGCACCUUCUAGUAAAGCUCCCAUGGUCGAGGAAGAAGAUUCUUCCAUAUUUGAUCAUAAUCCAGCUUUUCCGCCUCUACCUGAUGACCUAUCCGUUUUAGGUAACCACGAAGAUGAAAUUCUUACUGAACAAAAUAUGGACAAUGAGCAUGUAUCUGGAGCCCAUGAAACUGUUAUCGUAGCAAGUACUCUAACCACUUCGACAGAAUCGGCUAUAGUGAAGGAAGCAGCGACGACUUCGUCAAGCUAUAUGACCGAAGCAACAUCAAUGUCAUGGGAUAAUUCACGAGAUAUGUCUUUCGACACGAGUUCAACUAAACCAGAAUAUGUUGAAACUGUAACACCAAAAUCGAGGGAGAAUUCAAUGUUAAAUUUACGGUCUGUUAUGCCCAAAGAGAUGUUGAACGUCCCACCUCAUAUAGCCGAGGGUACUUCGUUGGAAUUGAAUGCUACGACUGAGGCUAUAGUAAUGACAUUGUCAACCGCACUACCAAAGCAAAUAAUUGAAGAAAACAAUAUUCUAACGAGCACACACAAGCCCGAUGUGACCGCCUUUGAAGCUUUCCAUAAUUCGACUGAUUCUUUGGAGCAACUAAUUAGUGGUUCGCAAGUUUCUCAGGAGCAUACCACAAGCUAUAUUUCAAAAUCUAAUGUUGGCACUGAAGUUACAUCGCAAACUGAACUAAGCUCCUUGCCAAUUGAAACAAGUGAUCAAAAUCCACACGAUUCCUCUGAAAAUAUCACUAAAGAUAAAACUCCGAUUCCCACUGUUGACCCGCUGGCCUUAGACCUUGGAACUACUAAAAUUUUGUCAACAGAUUCUGAGGUAAUCGCAGUCUCUAAAAUAGGACCAUCCGAUGGUCUAAAUGAUUCUUUCGACAAUAUAGAAACAACAGAAUUUGUUCUGCCAUCUUUUGGUUCACAAGAAGUUACAACAGAUGGUGUCGAAUUAAUUAAAAUUUCUGCAGACACUGACAGUAACUCGGCAAUCGUUGAUCAAUCACAUGAAAGAAACAAUGUUUUGACGGAUUUGAUUAACUUAGUCGGUGAUGUCGCUUUAAUUGGUGACCACACUGAAGGAUCCGAUGGCGAACAUCAUACUGUGAGCCCUAGCACAAUUUCUGAUUCAGAAGAAUUAAUUCCAGUUAAUGCUGGUUAUAAAAGCAAAAAUAAGAAUUGGAACCUAAACUCUAUUACUGAAGUACCUUUAAAAACUAAAUCACCUGCUACUAAACAUAAAAAUGUUGAGAUUGAAGAUGACGAGACCGACUCAAUAACUGACUCACCCCCUCCGAAUGACAAAGUAGAACCAACAACAAGACGACCUAUUAUAGACAACGUAUCAGAUGACAAACCUGAAAAUAAAACUCAGAACAAAGAUAUCGAAAUUAUAACAAAAUCUUAUGUACCUACAAUAAAUAGACGGCCAACUAAAGUAAUAAUGAAAAAAAGUAACGAAACACCUGUUGUGGAUGAAAUAACCACAGAUGGAGUUGCAAAUUCUUCGGGACCGUCAACAGAAAAAAUAACAAAUUCAGAUGAAACUACAGUUGCAUCAGAUCUCAGUGUCACCACUACAGAAGCCGGAGAAAGUUUAGUGGAAAAAUCCACUGAUGCCCCCAGCUCAGCGCAGUGAAAGCCUAGAGGACUAUUGAAGGAACCUCAGCUUGUCGGCAUUUUAUAGUGAAUAUGUUUCGUUCUUGAAACUAUAAGUUAAUGUAGAGUCUAUUAGAUAUAGAGUAUAAAUUACCCUAUCAAAUUUAAUUGUACUGUCAAUUGAACUGCGAGCUAUGGCAAAAUAUGUCUUAGCUGCUUUAUUAUUAUUUUACAUCAAGACCGGGCUGGACCGGUUGAAUUUGGUAAAUGUACUAGCUGGACAAAUUAUUUAUAGUAAUCUAGAAGUAAAAGGGUCUAAGAUGGAGGUUUGACGUUACCAGCACCAAUCGCAACGUCAAUGUUAAGUAUGAAGUCGAAGGCUUUUCUUAUUAGAUAAGUUAUUUAUUUUAGUGAGAAACGGGAGUAAAAUGAUUGAUAAGUAAGCAACCAAGCUAGUCAACACGAGACAUGGCGGGCGCUGCUCGCAGCUCGGCGCCACGUUGCCAUUACUGCUAGCUACGUAUCUAGAACAUGACACGCGCUGUCAAAUCGCGAUCAUUCCGCAUAGUUGUAGUUCCUUUAGUAUUGAUAAUGUAAGAACAAAGCCAGAUCAGUCGUACGCUGAAGCCGUAAAAUAAACCAAUAUGCUCAUUCAUUAUAGAAUGCAGCAACAUUUGGCACAAAACGAAUUUGAUAUAAUCAAUUAUGAACCUUAUGAAUAUAGAUAUAGAUCAUUUAGAGUAUUAAAUGUGAUUGCACAUAGUCUUUAUUUAUUGCACUAAAUGACAGUAUUUAUAGGGGUUAGAACUUUGUGUCGCACAAAACCGCAAAAUAUGUUAAAUUAUAUUUUCCUUGCUCUGAUUCAUACAAUUUCGAUAUUUUCAAAACCGAUGCUCUUUGAUUUUCUCAAUUAGAUCUCGCAAUCCAGUUAGGCUUCGCAUCGGCUUGGAUGUUUUGUUGCGAUCGAAGUUGAGAUUUAUCUAAAUGCUCCUUCUUGCUCCGGAAGACCACUUGUUUCUUUUCCCGGGCAAUAAGCGCAUGUGCUCAUUGUAUUAUUUAAAAUAAUUAUUGUUUUUUUUUUAUAAAUAAAAGACAUUAGACUG